UCGUGCGAAGCAGAGCUCCACGAUCUACUGUGUAGUAUACUCGCUGUAUUGCAUCAAAGCUUUGCAAUUCUAGUCGACGCGUUUAAGUGUCGGGGCUAUCCUCAUUGUUAGUGGAGAUUUAUUUUGGAAUGAACUGCUGAGGUGUUAUGAAAAGACGUUGUUCAGUAGUAUAGAUUGUGUAAACUCUCUCGUUGAUGAAGGAAUCGGUGAAUUCUGUCGCCAAUGACGAUCUAAUGGGGUUGAAUUCUCUAGGAGGUUUUUUCUCGGAAGAUAAUUCUGAUGUAUAAGGUGAGAGGUGCGUUAGGUGGUGAGUUUAUUGGUUGGCUAGGGUACAAUGACGAACUCGAGUGCGUCUGUGCAGCAUUUGUGUUGUUAGUUUGUGUUAUCAUAGCUGGGAAUAGCAACAAUGGCUCCUGUAGCGGAUGCUAAUCCUCCAUCGCCACUUCAGCUGCCGUUGAGCCUCAAGUCCGUGGCAUUUCUGUUUGAGGAUGAUACCUCGGGACCUUUGUGGUUUAAGAAAGACGCAUUUUCGAAUGCUUCCUUUGAUCCAGAGGCUUAUAUCUCAGAUCUGAGACGCUUUGUACCGUUUGAAACCCUAAGGGCUGAGCUUCGUGAUCAUCUGGGAGGAUUGAAGAGCGAGCUGGUGGAGCUUAUUAAUAGAGAUUAUGCCGAUUUUGUGAACUUGAGUACGAAGCUCGUGGACGUCGAUGGGGCUGUACUACGUAUGCGGAUGCCUCUGAACGAGCUCCGAGGGAAGCUUGUCUCAGUGAGGGAUAAUGUGAACAGCACGCUGCUCUUAUUGCAAGACGGGUUGAAGAGACGGUCGGAUGCUUCUGCUUCAAGGGAAACGCUGGAAUUGCUAUUGGACACUUGUCAUGUUGUCUCCAAGGUUGAAAAGCUUCUACUUGAGCUGCAAUGUAUGCCUGAAGAUGGGCCUCAGCCGCUUCAAAUUGAAAAGAACGACGGAUUUCGGAAAGUCAAUAGCAAUAACAAUUUGGGCGAAGAUCAUGGUGCCAGUCUGGAGGAACCGCGGAGUCGAUUACUGGAAAGGAUAGCCAGUGAAAUGAAUCGCUUGAAGUUCUAUGUUGCGCGUGCUCAGGACCUGCCGUUUAUUCAAAACAUACAGGCUCGCAUAAGUACUGCAGAUGCGACUUUGGAUGCUAGUUUGCGGUGCUGUUUUGUGGGAGCUCUUGAACGGCAGAAUGAAGUGGUGAUUGUCCACUGCUUGCGCGCCUACGCUGCUAUAGAUAACAGUGCUGGGGCCCAGGAGGCAUUCCGGUCUGCUGUAGUGUCGCCAUUUGUGCAGAGAAUUGUUCUCUCUUCGUCAGGGGUUGCAGUGCCACAAAGAAGUGACAGGCUUGAAGAAAUGUUCGAGGAUAUCAAGACCCACAUUCAGACUGAUUGUUUGUUUCUUCUCGAGAAGGCUGCGGCAUCAAAUUCAGGGUUACAGGUUUUUGACUUUUUGAGCAAUUCGAUCUUGAAGGAGGUUCUCUCAGCUUUACAAACGGGGAAGCCGGGUGCCUUUUCCCCCGGAAAACCAAAAGAGUUUUUGGCUAACUACAGGUCCAGUCUGAAAUUUUUAAAUUUUCUAGAAGGAUUCUGUCGUUCAAAAAAUGAAGUAGGCUCUUUUCGGGCAUCAGUUGCAUACACGGACUUCCUCAAGCAGUGGAAUUUGCAGAUUUAUUUCACUCUGAGAUUCCAAGAAAUUGCUCAGUCUUUAGAUAAUUCCCUGGCCGGACCUUCAGCAACACAGAAAGACCCUUCUAAAGCUGAAGAGAAUAAGCUCGGGCUGGCUUUAAGCUCUAGUAUCACGCUAUGGGAAUGUCUUCAACGCUGUUGGCAAGAUGAUGUGUACAUUGAUGCCAUCUCUGAUAAAUUCCUGCGUCUUUCACUACAAUUGUUGUCAAGAUAUGGUACAUGGCUAGCGGUUGGUUUGGCUGCUCGCAAAACUGGCGAUGCUAAUAAUCAUCCUGGAGGCGAGUGGGCGCUAGCUUCUGCUCCUGAAGACUUUGUCCUUCUGAGACAUGAUGUAGAACUUCUGGUGCAUGUGGUGAAGAGGUCAUAUACCGAUCAAGUAUUGGCACUUCUUAGUGGUAGCCCAAAUAAUGUCAGGGUGAUGGUUCGUGAAAGCCUGUUUCUGGGGCCACAAUCUUUGUUGACUAUGGUACCUGAUCUGUCUGAUGUUCUUAUAGAGGCUUUGACCGAUAAAUGUGUUGAGGUUCUAAAGCAAGCCAAAGGUAUCGUUGCAACAUACCGCAUGACAAAUCGGCCUCUUCCCAGUCGCCACUCUCCUUAUGUUACCAGUAUCCUUCAGCCACUUAAGACGUUUCUGGAAGAUGACAGAUAUGCCCAUGUAACGAAUGAGAUGCACGCAGAACUAAUUGCUUCCGUCUCAGAAAAAAUAACGUCCCAGUACGAUGUUUUGGCGAGAGAUAUGGUUUCAAUGGCUAGACAAACGGAAGCCUCGUUGCUGCUUCUAAGACGAGGUGCUCGACAGAGAGGUGCUGGAUCUGCUGACACUACCGACAACGUCUCUGAUAAUCUUUCUGAUAAAAUCUGUGCUCAGUUGUUCCUGGACGUCCAGGAAUAUGGUCGCCGUUUAGCCGCUUUGGGAAUCACAGCAGCAGACCUACCAGCCUACACCUCCCUAUGGCAAUGUGUUGCUCCUCAAGGCAUGAAUUUGACAAGUUAGAACUUAUCCUAGGGCAAACAAGAUAUGUCUUCUGAACAGCAGCAUGUUUGGAAUCCUCACCCAUCUGAAAAGCCAAAGUUGAAGAAUCUUUGGAAAAGGAAAAGCAGUGGUAACAUUUUGAUAAGAUCAACUUAGCAUGUAGUUUUGAUUGAUGGGUGCAUGUACGAUCUUCAAAAGUUGAAUUAUAAUUUGAAGAACUGUAUGGGCUGGUUAGAGGACAAAUUUCGGGCUCGUGAGCAAUAGGAGUCAAUUUUGCCAUGACCCCAAGGAUGAUUCAAGGUAGAGAGUUGGUGAGAAAAAAUUGAGGUACUUUCUUAGCA